AUGAACCGCAUCAUCAUCGCCCUGGCUGCCGUCUUUGCGUGUGCUUCGGCCCAAGUCUUCCUGAACCAACCGAUCCCGCUCGCGCUUCACCAACCGGCUCCGGUUCGAGAGGCUUCGCUGGCCCAUCCGGCGGUGGUGGAAAAUGCACUGCACGAGGCCCAGUAUCCGGAUCAGUUCCGCAACAAUUUCUACAAAAACCCUCACAUCGCCGAUGCGCUUGCCAAGCAGUCAUGGUUCGGCGACAAGGAGAUGCCCGUCUUUGAGCGUGAAGCCGACAAAAUCCCGCGCGAUCGCAUUGUGAAGAUCUUCAAGAACGCCGGAUUUGUGCGACGGCGCUAA